AUGACCAAUGUGGCAAGAUUCCGCGAGAAAAACAAAGCGGAAUUUCAAGCGCGUUACGGCACAAAACUGACGUUUAUGCCUUUCAUUUUCCAAGCCGUCAAUCAGGCUUUAAGAAAUUUUCCGGUCGUCAAUGCACAAGUUUCGGGCGAAAAUAUUAUUUAUAAAGGCGACAUAAACCUUGGAAUGGCGGUCGCGCUCGAUUGGGGCUUGAUCGUUCCCGUUAUCAAAAAAGCCGAUACGCUUUCGCUGUCGGGUUUGGCAAUGACGGCAAACGAUCUUGCCGACCGCGCCCGAACGAAAAAAUUGAUGCCCGACGAAGUUCAGGGCGGAACUUUCACGAUCACCAAUCCCGGCGUUUUCGGCGGACUUUUCGGAACGCCGAUCAUCAAUCAGCCGCAAGUUGCGAUUAUGUGUGUCGGAACGAUCGAAAAGCGUCCGAAAGUUUUAACCUCGCCCGACGGCGACGAUUAUAUUGCGAUUCGCCAAAUGGCUUACUUCGCUUUGACAUACGAUCACCGCAUCGUUGACGGCGCAGACGGUGAAAAAUUCUUGUCAUUUGUAAAAGAUUAUCUUGAAAAUACUCAAUUUUCACUGUAG